AUCCAUAGAUCCCCAUCACCACAACCUGGACUACUAGUCCCACGACCAUUGCCCCCAACACCAUGAAGCAAUAAUGCCAAGAACUAAAAAGAGGGCUUCCCGCUCCAGCACCAGCACCAGCGCCAGCUCCAAAACCCAUCGCCACGCCCCCUUGAAGCGCCCAACGUCCAAUACCCAAAAACGCCUCUGGCAAUUAACACAGCGCUACCGACACGUGGGGCGCCCGCUCUCGCAAAGGAGUUGGGUCGGUUGCGACUGCGCGGGUGCUUGCGAACCCGCUACCUGCAGCUGUUUGCGCGAUCAAGCGCCUUGCCGCCAAUCGUGUGUUUGUGGGCCGACAUGCGCACAUCAAUUUCCAGUGUGCGAAUGUACGGAUGGAUGUGCGGUAGGAGGGGAGAGGAAGAAGUGUCCGUGCUACCAGAUGCACUAUCAGUACCGUGAGGGAUGUGGCUGUUUCUCCACCGAGGGGAGGAUAUGUGACGACGAGAACGAGUUGCCCAAGACGGAGGUCAAGGAGUCGGAGAUUCCGAGCGCGGGGUUAGGGCUUUUUGCGAAGGAGGAUAUUGAGAAAGGGAGGUUGAUUGGGGUGAUGGCGGGGGAGAUUGAACCAAAUCCUGAGGACCCGGAUUUCGACUGCUUUGAGAUUGCUGACGGGAUAUCGUUGCGGUGCUCUAAGGAAGGGGUGUACUAUGCCCACGAGAGGCAUCAUAAGGAUGCCAAUGCGGAGUAUCGGUAUAUGGAAGGAAAGAGGAAGAGAGAAAUGGUGUUGAGAGCGAUGAGAUAUAUUGGAGAAAACGACGAGAUAACGGCCCAGUACCGCGAAAACGGAAAAGAUCCUUGCUUUGACAUAUACCCAGUGAAGGGCGCCUAUGCGAUGAUCUUAGGCGACACUGAUGGUGCAAAGGAGCCUUGGGUGGGGAAGAUCCUCUCUGUUGAUGAGAAACAGGGACUUACCGUACAGUGGCUUCUCCGGAAGGAAGGUCUCCACUGGAUACCCAGCCCUAUCAGGGAGAAGAUCGAAUUGAAACCCGGAGAGCUCAUCAUGACCAAGGGAUGGGUCGAUACAGUCGACUGGGAAUCGUUCAUUCGGGUCGUGUGGGUGAACGAAGAGGAGCCGGACGGCGUGCUGAAUAAGAAUACAUGGUGGUGGACAAGACGAUACGACGCUGUCAAGCAGAAAAUGUUGGAUUGAUAUAAAUGGAUUGGGAUUGGAAGAGGAGUACAGUGGAUAAUACCCCUUUUUUGGUUUGGAGCACUACUGCCUCUGUUUACAUCCGAUUGAACACACCCCUGCACUUCCUCUGUACUGCUCUUUUCUACAUCUACGUCAACCCCUUGCAGGUAACAAGAAGCAACAUCCUUCACCAGUGCUCCGCCUCA